AUGAUUACACCAGAGGAGAUGGCAAUAGCUGAUAAUACCAUAGAACCAAAGUUACUUAAGUAUGUUUCCAUGAUAAAAUGGGCAUCCGAAAACAGUCGAACCAAAGAACAUCAUAAGGACGUCAACAGCGAAAAUCCAUCCAAAAUGACGUCAUUUACUGUAAAAGGAUCGGGAAUUGUUAGUGGAGUUGUUGGCAGAAAGGCAAGGUUUAGUUUGACUGUAUCGGAUGUGGUGGGUAUGUUUCUUCUCGGUGUCGAUAUUAAAGGACCAAAGAAUGAAGUAUACAGCGAACAAAUUAUAAGCCUUCAUCAGUCUAAGGAAAUUAUGAUUGGAGCUUAUCAAACGCAGCAAAAACAAAGGCGUCUUGCUUCUAUAGACAAUCAUGUAAUGGAAUAUAUGGAAGAUGCUGUUGGAAAUACAUAUGUUCGAUGGAAAAAUCUAAAACUUCUUGGUGAUAGCUCUACAGUGAGUGUUAUUCCGUUUAACUGCCAGUGUACAGGAGAGAGGACGUUUCUCAUGACAUAUUUGCCGAUAUCUACAGGAAUUCAUACCGUUUCGAUCAAAUGGCAAAACCUUCACAUUGAUGGAUCUCCGUUCAAGGUCAAGGUCUACCAACCACGUGAUGUGACGAGACGAGCCAUAAGAGACGCCAAAGAUAAACGCAUCAUUUUUGAUUCCCUUUCUCUUUCUUCUAUUGAAGAGCGUCCUUUGGGACUUUUAAAAAUCGGGCCAGAAACGGACUUUACCAAAAGUAAGAGCGAUUCUGAAAAGACUAGUGGGAGAUCGUCUAGGACAAUGCGGAUGAAGAAGCAAUUCACUGUAACAAAACGACGUGUAAUACGUAAAGUAAUUAGUCGUCAUGGAGAGGAGAUCGUCAUUCAGGAAUCUCCGUCUCCCAGUCUAUCUCGUCAGAGCAGUAUGACGGAUACUUCAACUGAAGAGGAACAAAUAAGAAAGUCGCACUCACCCUCUCCGCCUUAUAAACGAAAAAUUAUACCUCGAUCUGCAAGACAUGGUGUUGAGCGUAAUACUAACAGUGACAACUCAGACACAAAUCAAAGUAACUUACAUCAAGACUUAAAGUCCUCUGAUAGGAAAGGAAAUGGUUCCGCGUCCACCACCUGCAAAGAGAUAAGGAGAGAUAUUCUUGAAGACAGUAAUGCAGUAUCAAAUCGGCGUGCAAAUCCAACCUUAAUAUGGAACAGAUCAUUUUCAGACUCAAUGCUAAUUUGUACCCCAGUUAAUGAUGGAAUGCAAAGCACAUUUAGAAAAAUGAAAGAACUUAAAAAAACUGAAAGUAAAAUACUUCAAACACAUAUUCCUUCCCUCAAGUUUUUUCAAUCAAAAAAUUUUAGGAACUCGGACUGCAAUUUUUCUGGCGAUAUAUUUCGUCAGCAUUCAUUUAGUAGCACUUCUUCAGCAAGCAGUAAUUCGACUUCAUCUUUAGGAAAAGCUAAAAAGUCUCUUUCCUUGACAAGGUCUCUGCCUCUUCUUAACAACGAUGUUUACCCUUAUGACAAAAGUUUGUCUAGGCUGGAGAGAAUACGAAGGGAUAAGCGCUAUGCUAUUGAAAUACAAACGAGAAGUGAAAGAUUACCGCAAAUAAUGACAACAACGGCAUCGCCAUCUACUUCAAGUUUAAGCAGCUUAGCAACUCCCACAUCACAUUCUUUCCCUUGGGAUGAUCCGAAAAGAUGGAAAAUGUCAAAUUUUGAUAGAGCGUCUGCUGAUAGACAAGUGCAUGUACUGAAUAAUCCCCCUAUUGCCAAAACACCAUCAGAGGAUAUGGAGAAAUCACAAUGCAAAAGUAGUCGAAAGAAUUGGGAACAAAUCAUAUCCAAACAAAGAGCUACAACAAUGUAUUGGUUAAAUAAUCAGACAACUGAUCAUUUUUCUGUCGACUCAACAGAUUCAGAUCCAAACUUUCUAGUUGAACAAUCUAUUAUGGGGCCAAGGGAGAGACAACAUUCUCUUGAUAUAUUGACGGAAUGCAAACCAUCAAUAGUAUACAGGAAGGGUAGUUUAUCAAGUGUUGAUAGCAAAGGAAGUGCAUCUUCAAAGAAAAAAGGGCUUCAAAGACAGUACAGCAAAAUGGAAAAUUUAGAGACGGACUUGGUAACAAUUAGUGAUAAUGACAUUGAGGAAAUCCAAAAGGUAUCAUCAUUAACUGAUCAACAAGAAGACGGAAAUGUAACCGAUGUUAAGUCUGCGACCAACGUGAACCAAGCUACAUUCAAAUCUAUUGUAACUGUGGAAAAUAUUGUGCCAUCGAAGGUCCGCGUUGUUACACCGAAGGUGAAAGCUAACAAAACAACACAAGUAACAGUAAAUGAAAUAUUAAAGGAAACUGGGUUCUUGUCAGCUUUUUACAAUUUAAGCAUUAGAAGACGUAAAAAGUAUGUUAAAAAUGACACCGGUAACCAAACAACUACAGCAAGUGACGCUCUAAACCCAAUCAGAGCUCGAAGUUUUUCGGAUGGUGCUAUAUUUGGGCAACACAACGACGAUUCAGAUGAGGAAGAUGUGGAUCACAAUUCACGCCAAUCAACAAUUGAUAGUGGCAUUGCCGAAGAGAAUCAAAACAGAGCUGACGGUAUCCCAUUUCAGCGGAAUCAGAACAGAAUUAUAUUUCGACAGAAUGGACAUAUAAAGCUUCAUCGAAGGCCUUACCAAGGACGCAUUGUUUUGGACCCCAGAUUGAUAAUGAGUGGUAGCAAUACCGAUUCUCAAAGUGAUGCAAGCGAUGGAAAUAAAUCAGAUUCGUUUGGAUGGAGAGGAAAAACGCCCGAAGAAUCAACAAGUUUUUCGGAUACAGAGAUUACAACGAACAGUAUCCGAAAACGUCGUAAACGAAGAAAAUUACGUGCAGAAGUAAGACUCUCUCCCGUUCUCUCAACAUUUAAAAAUCCUGGAAUCCGUGAACUUCAAAGAGAUGCUGAGGGAUCAUCAACAGAUCAUGAUGACAACAGUGAAGACGAUGUUGGCGUAGCUAUAAAGAGUCCACAUCUGCUGUCUGUUCAUCCUAAUAAAGAUUCUUCCAAUUCCGAUUUGUCUGAUAUAGGAAUAGGUGUAGAUGAUGCUGAAAGGGCCCUCUUGUUGAAUGACGUUCAAAGCUUUAUGCAUUUAUCUCAGAACAUCCAAACAUCAUUGUGUGACAAAGAAACAGAAUCAACAAGUCAAGACGUUGGGAUUGCAGUAUCCUUGCAUGAGAAAUCAAAAGAUACAAAUGAUUUUAUGUCUUCAGGAAGAGUAUUUCGUUCCUCCAAAGAAACAAUUUUGACCGACACAGAAAAUAGACGUUUUAUAUCAGCUGUUUAUCAUUAUGUUUCACCGGAUAAUAUCAGUAAGAGACAUACAAGUUACGGAAGUCUUCAACUAAGCAAGGACAAUCACUUUGAGCAGACUUAUGAUCUAAUUGAGGACCAAAUAUGUGUGGACUUCGAAAAAUACAUUGCAGGGCUUAAUGAAAGCCUUGAUGAGGAUCCUGUACCACCGUGUACAGCAGAAGGUGUUGGACUGACCAUUGGACAAGUGGGAAUGAAGAAUAACUUUCAGGUAUGGUGUCACUCCCAAGAGAAUAUGGCCAUAUCAAUUACAAUUCACGGCCCUCGACCAUUUUCUGUGUUGGAGUGGAGCGUUGUGUAUACAGGAGACAAUUUGUAUGAGAUCACGUAUGAAGUGGCAUAUCCAGGGUAUUAUGUCAUCUGUGUUAAUUGUGGAGAUCAACAAAUUAAAGACAGUCCAUUUCUAGCAAAAAUCACACAUUAA